CCCCCUGCAGGACGUGGAGUCGAUCCCAAUCUGCACAGACGCCGGGGAAGACGAGCCCGUCAUCACCACGGCUCCCAGGAGAGGUUUGAGAUCUUUACUCCCCACGCCCCUUCUCUCCUCGCUGCCAGGAUCCCUGUGGAGAGGAUGUGUCGCCUAGUGCCUUCAGCUGGACCUUUCACUCACAGUGAUCUGUGGAAACCCCCUGGGAUCCAGCCUGACCUAAGAACAAGGUCAAAGGCAAAGCAAAGAAUGAGGCUGUCUCUGUGCCUUUGCCUGCCCCUUUCUCGUUGUCACAGACCAGAAAGUUCCCCCGCGUUCUGCUUUUCUCCUUGAGUUUUGCAGUAAAAAGCCUCUUCCCUCCCCGGAGGAUGUCUGCAAUCUCUGGGGCUGCGGCAUCACAGUAGCAACUUGACAGCUGAGCCCAGUGGUUAAAGGGGAGCGAAGCAGGAGGCGGAAGAGCAGUGGGGGGGAAGUGCUGAUUACCCAAGCCAGGGAGAGGAGGGGGAGCGCGCUCUCCGUUCUGAGCAGAGGAGAAGGGAGCUGGUCUCCUCCUUACUGACCCCCACCCCUAAAGUGGGAGCUGAGCAGAUUGUGAGCUGUGGUUCAAAUUCAGCAGUGACGCCAACGAUGGUGUAAAUGACUUUCCUGCACCUCCUGCUGUCUAGGGCUCAGCGUUAGCCCUCCACACCCAUCUCCUGAGGUCGCCACAGAUCACAGUGUGUCUGGGCCCCAUUUGGCUGGGGGUUUCCCAUCUUGCAAGCAAAGGCGAGGUGACAACAACCUCUUACGCACCGGGUGUUCAGUGCAGGUGCACCAGUGCUCUAAACAUGUCACACUUCCUGUUCUCCACUGGUCCCCCUUUUCCGACCCUCACACCCCAGAGGUAACCUCUGCCCCUGUUUUAAUCCCACAUGAAGCUAGCCCUUGGGAUGGGGCGUCUCACAAAGUCACCACUUCACAGCAAUGGAGUUUUAAUCAAGUCCCUGAGAUGCUAAUUGCUUGCUGAAUGCAGGGGACGGGGUGGUUCAUUGGACAGGGUGUAGGACAGGCAGUGGGUUCUAUGCUUGCCUCUACCACAAUCGCUCUGUGACACCAAGCUCGGCCUGACUCUACAAUGGGGAUAGUGUUAAUGGUGCUAUUUAAAGUGCUUAGAGAUCUCUAACUGGAAAGUGCUAUGUAAGUAGGAAGUGUCUCGGAUUCAGCCUCCAACUAAUUUUGCAGCUUUUCUUUCACUCAAACAGGCCCUGCUCAGCUUCUGCCUUUAAACCCAGUCCCCAACAUGCUUUGUUUUUGGGACACUGGAGCAAUUCUGAAGCAAAGGGGAAGCUUGCUGGAGCCCUCUGCAUAGCACUACCCAGAAUGCUUUGCCAGUACCCAGCAGUGCCACCCCCUGAGCCCGCGGAACACAUGGAAAGGUCGAGGCGUGGUUUGCAAUAGCCCCAAAGGUUUUCCGGGGCACUUUGCAGGGCCAGAUUUGGGGAUGGGUGCAUCCCUCGUUAGUCACUGGGACUUUAUUGUGUUUAGCUUUGGCCUUUGUAAAGAGCUGGUCGCGAGGACGCUUGCAGACGUUUUUAAUAAAAUGGUUUUAGUAUCUUUCAGAAUAAACACGGGAAACUUCUUGUUGGAAGUGCAGGUGGAAGGCAGGCCCGGCUGGCUCCUGGCAUGUCACGAGCGGUGGAAUCUCUCCCUGGGGACUCUGAUCUGUAGGCAGCUGGGAUAUCUCCAACUCGCCCAUCACAAAGGAGUGAACCUGACGGAUGUCCAGGUGAAUGAUACGCAAGAGUUUGUUCAGAUUGUGCCCAACCAGAAGAGCAGCAUUGAAGACGUGUGGCAGGUCAGGAGCAGCUGUGCUUCAGGGCGAAUUGUGGCUCUGAAGUGCUCCGAGUGCGGUAUGCGCUCCAGGGCAGCCCGGAUCGUGGGCGGAAGCGACGCCCCGUUGGGACGCUGGCCGUGGCAGGUCAGCCUGUACCUCAACUCCAGACACGUCUGCGGAGGCUCCGUGGUGGCGCACGACUGGAUCGUCACGGCCGCUCACUGCGUGCACAAUUACAGGCGGCCUGAGGUCUCCAGCUGGCUGGUCUUUGCUGGGAUUGUCGCCCAGGUGUCAGUCCCACAGCAGGCUGGGGCGGCAGUGGAGAAAAUCAUCUACCACCCCCACUAUGACGACAGGAGUCAUGACUAUGACAUCGCACUGAUGAAACUCACAGCGCCCUUGAACUUCUCUGAUGCUGUCCGUGCAGUGUGUUUACCGCUGUACCAGCAGGAUUUCCCCCACGGCACCCACUGCUGGAUCUCCGGCUGGGGCUACACCACACCUGAACACGUUCCUGUUGCUGAGAUGCUGAAGGAAGCUAUUGUUCCCUUAAUCAGCACCAAGAAAUGCAACAGCUCCUGCAUGUACUCUGGUGAGCUCACCCCCAGGAUGCUGUGUGCCGGCUACCUGGACGGGAAAGUAGAUGCCUGCCAGGGAGACAGCGGGGGGCCGCUGGUUUGCCAAGAUGAACUCACCUGGCGCUUAGUGGGCAUCGUGAGCUGGGGCAUGGGGUGUGCUGAACCCAACUACCCUGGGGUUUACACCAAGGUGGCCGAAUUCCUGGACUGGAUUUAUCAGAUCAUCGAGAGUCACUAGGAGCAAAGCAAGGGACAGGCUGAAGGAGCAGAGCCAUCCCCAGGGUGACAUGCCAGGCAAAGAAGAGUCCAGGACAAAUGUAUCCCCACUACGGAGCUUUGUCCCAGUUAAUAUGUAGUGACAGUGGCUCGGCAUGAGUUGAAAAGACAGAGGGAGCCGUCAAACCUGCCUGUUGCCAAGACCUCUAAGGAGGCAUCUCCAGCAGCCCAGGUGUGUUCUCUGGUGUAGCGUGAGGGGCAGCCUCGCUGCUUUUGCCUGUUGCAGCUGAUCCAUAUUAAACAACUAGUGUUUGGGCAAAGGCUGCUACAGUCCUCCUGCUCUCGUGCAAUGGAUUAGCCCCAUGCUUGGGCUGUGUGUAAUGGGGGUUUACAUCCCCCAUGUGUCUGUGUUAAAAAGGACUUUGGAUGGAUGUCAAAUGUAAUUGUGCUGUGUGUCCCCUGAGCUAGGGGGGGGCUUCAGCUCUCUUGCCAGUGGAAGUUGUGUAGAUAAAUCUCUUCAUUAAACAUAUUCACAUAACUUUCAUAUGACUUUGUAUUACGCCUCUAUUUUCAUACAACUUUGUAUCAGAUCCUUAUAUAGAAAAUUUGUAUUGAGCCUUGGUAUAAUGUAAAAAAAAUGUCUUUUUGCUAGGAGUAGAAUAAGAUCUCUCCCCCCUCCCUCCUUUUAAUCAAUUGCCCUGUUGAAUGAACAAGGUGUGAAUGAGCCAGGCCUGGAAGGAAAGCACCUCCAGACAGCUGUAACUGUUGGAGAGGGGAUGGAAGCCAGACCCAAGAACAAUAAAACUUGUCAAGUGGGCUCACUAAAGAAGAGCAGGUUUCAGAGUAGCAGCCAUGUUAGUCUGUAUCCGCAAAAAGAACAGGAGUACUUGUGGCACCUUAG